AUGGGGAGAGGAAAUUCACGUGUUGGUAACGCACUUGCUAAGAGGUGUGGGACCCAAGAGUACUGUGUAGCAUUUGUGUGUGGUCUAAAAGCAACCAUUGUAGGAAUCUUUGUCCGUUAA